AUGGAUGCAGCUGCUGAGCAACGGCUCGGAGGUUCUCCACCGGAUUUUGAUGGGAGGAGUGGCUUUGACUCCCGUACCGGUGUCUACAGUUCACUCAUAAAACUUGGGGGCCAGCACCGGGUCCCAACUAGGCCUGACCUUGACACUGCAACCUUCGUGCUGUCACAGUUUCCAGCCCCGGCCUGUGCUGAGUCUCGUGUUGCGCUUAUAGACUCUGCCACUGGUCGUCGAGUCACGUAUGCGGAGCUCCGGCGAUCGAUCAGGAUGCUUGCAACAGGGUUGUAUCAUGGACUUGGGAUUAGAAAGGGUGAUGUUGUGUUCCUCUUGGCCCCAAACUCGCUCCUGUAUCCAACAAUCUGCCUUGCUGUGCUCUCCAUUGGCGCGGUGCUGACUACCGCUAACCCACUCAACACUCAGUCAGAAAUUUCCAAGCAAGUUGAUGACUCAGGUGCCAAAGUUGCUAUUUCAGCACCAGAAGAGCUGCACAAGUUGCUCCAAAAUGGAGUGCCCACACUCCUCACGCACAGGACUUGUGAUGAGAACUCACUUUCCAUUGAAGAGUUGAUUGACUGCAGCGAUCCCGCGCUGGACUUGCCACCAGCCCAGAUGAGUCAGUCGGACACCGCAGCCAUACUAUACUCUUCAGGCACAACUGGGACUAGCAAGGGUGUGAUAUUAACCCAUGCAAAAUUCAUAGCCAUGAUGACACUCCUCAAGUGGUCAGUGGAUAUAACAUCAGCCAACAAUGAUGUUUUCUUGUGCUUCAUCCCCAUGUUCCACAUCUACGGGCUUGCAUUCUUUGCCCUUGGACUACUCCGUUCAGGAACUACCACUGUCGUGAUGCCAAGGUUUGAUUCCAAGGCCAUGCUUGAUGCAAUUCAGGCUUACCAAGUGAGCAACAUCCCAGCAGUUCCUCCAGUGAUUCUUGGACUAGUGAAGAAUAGCAGCAGCUGUGACCUAUCAUCACUAAGAAGGGUGGGUUCAGGGGCUGCACCAUUGAGCAAAGAAGUAGCUGAAGGGUUCAGGGAGAAGUUUCCUUGGGUGGAGCUCAGGACAGGCUAUGGGUUGACAGAGAGCUGUGGAGCAGCCACUUACUUUGUAACUGAUGAGCAAGCCAAGGCCCAUGCAGGCUCAAGCGGAAGAUUGCUUCCUAGAUUUUGUGCCAAGGUGGUGGAUACUGAAACAGGGCUGGCUCUACCACCUAAUAGGGAGGGAGAGCUGUGGCUGAAGAGUCCUACUGUGAUGAAAGGGUACCUGGGGAAUGCAGAAGCAACAGCUGCAACCAUCACUUCAGAUGGAUGGCUGCGAACAGGAGACCUUUGUUAUUUUGAUGAAGAUGGAUUCCUUUACAUUGUUGAUCGGAUAAAGGAGCUCAUCAAGCACAAUGGAUAUCAGGUGGCUCCAGCAGAAUUAGAAGCAAUACUUCUGAGUCAUCCCAGUGUUCUCGAUGCAGCAGUCAUACCGGUUGAAGAUGAAGCAGCAGGGCAGAUACCAAUGGCAUAUGUAGUGAGAGCAGCUGGAUCUGAACUCACCCAACAAGAAGUCAUUCAAUUUGUAGCUGGCCAGGUGGCACCAUAUAAGAAGGUUAGAAAAGUGGGUUUCAUCAAUGCCAUCCCAAGGUCCACUGCUGGCAAAAUCUUGAGGAAGCAGCUCGUCCUUCUAAGCCAACAAGAAGUUAUCUCCAAGUUGUAAAAUAUUUUCCUUCUCAUUUUCUUGGAGGAUCAGGGAAAGAAAAUCUUCCACAACAUCCGCACAAUGAUCUGUUUUAAUGGUAAGUCGACAAGUAUUUGUGCCAGAGUCUUCCCCCUACACUAUCAUUGCAUCCUGCAGGCUUCAGAUCGAACACUGUCAAUCCAAACCUGUUGGAAUCAUGCCAUAAGCGAUAAACUGUUUUCUUUCAAUUUGUAUGAGUUCUAAUGGAUCACAGCCACUUG